UUCAUCAGGGUAUAUAUCAACGAUAUUAUUAUCUUUAGCAAAACAGAAGAGGAAUACCUAGAAUACCUAUAUACUAUUUACAAAAUCCUUAACAAGGCCUAUAUCUAUAUUAGCACUACCAAAUCCUUUAUAGGAUACCUAGCUAUAAGACUCCUUAGGUAUAUCAUAAAUGGCAAAGGCAUUACUAAAACUAACGACUAUAUUGCUACCUUUAAAAAGCUAAAGUUCCUAGACACCCUCGAUAGCUUAGAGCACUACCUCGAGAUAGCUAGAUAG